AAAGCGACGAUGCCGAUAUGGGUGGUUCUUCUUUCGCGGAUCAUAAUGAAGGAAAAGCAGACGACGAAGGUGUACUUGUCUCUGAUCCCCAUAAUAACUGGUGUCCUGCUGGCCACUGUCACGGAACUGUCCUUUGACAUGUGGGGACUCAUCAGUGCGCUUGCUGCCACUCUGUGUUUUUCACUGCAGAACAUCUUCUCAAAGAAGGUGUUAAGAGAUUCCCGAAUACAUCAUCUUCGGUUGCUGAAUAUACUGGGGUGCCACGCUGUGUUCUUCAUGAUCCCAACAUGGGUUUUGGUUGAUCUUUCUUCCUUCUUAAUAGAGAAUGACUUGAGCACGAUGUCUCAUUGGUCCUGGACCUUGAUGCUGCUUAUAAUUAGUGGAUUCUGUAAUUUUGCCCAGAAUGUCAUUGCCUUCAGUAUUCUUAACCUGAUCAGCCCACUAAGUUACUCUGUCGCAAAUGCCACAAAAAGAAUCAUGGUCAUCACAGUGUCCCUUAUCAUGCUUCGCAACCCGGUUACGAGCACCAAUGUCCUUGGAAUGAUGACAGCUAUCUUAGGGGUCUUCUUAUAUAACAAGACAAAAUAUGAUGCAAACCAAGAAGCAAAGAAGCAGCUACUUCCAGUUACAACUGGAGACCUUGUGAAUUUGGAGCGGCAUCGAAACACUCCGGAAAAGUCUCAGAACGGACUUACAGCGUUUGCACAACAUGGAGACUAUCAGUAUGGUCGAGCCAAUAUCUUAACAGACCACUUCCAGUAUAAUCGGCAAAACUAUCCAACUACCUACAACUUAAAUCGUUUUGAUAUAUAGAAUCCUGGCAAACAGGUACAGACUGUGAUAUCAAAGUGUCCCCAGCAUUAUCAGAAACUUUUAAUACAUCCAUGAAUGUCAAGCCAUUUGAUCGUACAGGUUUUGCAGAAGGGAAGAUGCGUGUGUAGCGAAAGCGGUACAGACCUUCUGCUGAGCAGACCUUUAAAGGUGAAACAGCUAGAUCCGACACUGGAACUAAAGGCACAGUGUAGCUCUCGUACAGAGGUGCUGGUGAAAUGCACGUACAAAACUUCAGAGUAAAACCUCUGCUCUCACUGCUCCUUUUCAGAGUCUGUCAACUGCGUAUCCUUUUGGCAGCUAAAUUCUGGCCAGUAUUGUGUUUCCACGCUGGUAACAUCACCUUUCAUUUGUUCUCUGGUAUGUUU